AUGUUGUUGCUUUCGCUAAUUGGCAUCGUCGCCAUCGACCUCUCCCACAAGCCAAGCAAUCUCGAAUGUGCCAAACAGCUUUCAAUGUACUCUCCGGCAAUGGAGGCCGUUGAGUAUAUCGACAUCGACUUUGCCGCAAGUUUCAACAAGCACGGCGUCGAAAUCCCAGUCGAAGAAAUCCAAGGUCUCAAUCGCUCAGAAUCCGACCAUCUCAGACAUGUCCCUCCUGAAAUCGGAACAAACUAUGUCGGUAUUUUAGAAGUCUUCCACCAACUCCAUUGUUUGAACAUGAUUCGUAUGUACACCUGGUAUCAAGUCGACAAGUUCUCCGGUAUCCCCGACGGACUCUCCAUGAGCCCUCUGAAGAACCGCAUGCAUAUCGAUCACUGCAUUGAGUCGCUACGAAUUUCGCUCAUGUGUGCGGGCGAUGUGACUCCUUUGUUGAUUCGCGAAGGGGGGCCGGUGGGAUCGAAGGCGGAUUUCAACACUCAUCAUCGAUGUAGGAAUUUCGAGAAGUUGAAUGAUUGGAUUGAUAAUAAUUGGUCGGUGCUAUGA